GUCACUUCAUAUUGUGUCACGCCCACCAAUCAAACAUGGCUGCCGCUUUCCUGAGGGUCGCUCGUUCUUCUCGAGUAUUAUGGGGAGCUCGAGCGGGUCCUUCUAUCUACAAAGCCUAUGCCAGUAGCAGCAGCAGUACCUCCUCCUCUUUUUUCUCUACUAAUACUCUCAUAACGUUAGCUGGGGUGACUGUUGCUGGAGUCGGUGCAUACGGUUUUUAUCAGAAUUCAAAACCCUCUCCUUAUGUAGGCUCCAGUGGUAUGCAGUAUACCAAAGCCACUGAGUAUCAGAAGGAAGGGGCUACUCAUCCUGAGGCUGAAGCUGAAAAGAAUUUAGAAAGUGCACAGGAAACUUCAACUCCUCCUGCUCCUGCUUCUUCUCCUGCUCCUCCUCCUCCUGCUGAUAUACCAGAUUUUGCUCCUUAUGUCCUGAUUGGUGCUGGCACUACAUCAUUUGCUGCUGCUAAGGCUAUUAGAGAAAAAGAUCCAACGGCCAAAGUACUCAUAAUUGGUAAUGAGGACUAUACCCCAUACAGUCGUCCUCCAUUGUCAAAGCAGCUCUGGCUCUAUGAGGAUCACGAAGCAGCAAAGAACUUGAAAUUCACAGCAUCUUGGAGCGGAGGGAAAGUUGUAGAUGUUUUCUAUAAAGCUGACUUCUGUUCUCCUAAGGAUCUUCCUAAUUUGGAAGGUGGUGGCAUAGCAGUGGUCACUGGAAGGAAGGUUACAUCUCUUGAUACAAGAAAGAAGAAGAUACGUUUGGACAAUGGAUCUGAAGUUUCAUUCAACAAAUGUCUCUUAGCAACUGGCGGUACACCUAAGACACUUCCUGUCUUUCAAGGGAAGGGACCUUUCUCAACAUUCAGAGCCAUACCAGACUAUAAAGCACUUGAUAAGCUGUUGGACUCAGCUAAAUCAAUACUGAUAGUUGGAGGAGGCUUCCUUGGGUCUGAACUAGCAGUAGGACUGGCUAGCAGAGGUAAAGAUAAAGGAGUUACUAUCAGCCAAGUCUUCCCUGAGGUUGGGAACCUUGGCCUUGUGCUACCUCAAGAUGUCAGCAAAUGGACAACAGAUAAAGUCAGAGAAGUUGGGGUCCAGGUUCAUCCUGGUACUGGUAUCAAAUCAGCUAGUGUCAGUGAAGAUGGCAAGAAGGUCACUGUUGUCACUGAUAAUGGAACUGAAUUAGUGGCUGAUCAUGUUGUGGUUGCUGUUGGCCUCCAACCAAACACUGAUCUAGCUACAUCAGCUCGUCUUGAGAUUGAUAAGGAGCACGGUGGAUUCAAAGUGAACAGUGAACUCCUAGCCUGCACUGAUGUCUGGGCAGCUGGAGAUGUUGCUAGUUUCUAUGAUCCUUAUUUGGGACGUAGGAGGGUGGAGCAUCAUGACCAUGCUAAUGUCAGUGGUCGUUUGGCUGGUUAUAAUAUGACAGGAGAGCAUCAGCCGUUCAUGCACCAGUCAAUGUUCUGGAGUGACAUUGGGCCUGAUGUUGGAUUUGAGGCAACUGGUCUCAUUGACUCCAAGCUACCAACUGUUGGAGUGUGGGGGAGGAAAUCAUCAGAGGCUGUUGACACUCCUGUGGAUGACUAUUCAAAAGGAGUCAUAUAUUACCUUGAUAAGGAAGGAGGAAGAAUAGUUGGUGUCCUCACCUGGAAUAUAUUUGGAAAAAUGGAUGUAGCUAGACAAAUCAUAUCAGAGGAGAAGACGGAAGUAGACAUCAGUGACAUAGUCCAACACUUUGAGAUUCAUUAGAUAUUCUUUGGGAUUGACUGUUAUACAUUUUUUUGCUACACUUUGUCUUUGACUAUUAUUUUUGUGUAAUAUUAGUUAGAAAUAAUUUAUUGAUAUCUUUCAAUCUCUUAGUUCACAUGAAACUUUAA